AUGAACGGACGUGGUCCGUAUGGAAUGGGUCAUCGAAAUCACCCGCCUGAGUGGGGAAUGCCUCCGCAAGGGAUGUGGCCACCUCAUUUUCCACCUAUUCGUGGCGCUGGCUAUCCGCCUGACUUUGAGCCGGGAAUGUACAUACCGGAGAAUGGGGGGAUGAUGCCACCACCACACAUGAUGAUGCCACAUCCAAUGAAUGGACGUGGUCCAUUUUACCCAAUUGGAGGUCGUGGCAGCCGAGGAGGACGUGGUAAUUAUCAUGCAGGACGAAUUGGCAAGGAAGGCGAGAUGAGCGAGCCCCCGAAUGCAAAAACUACGCUACACGUUCGACAUGUAGAUCCCAAAUAUGUCAAUAUGACCAUGCUCAGUCUCCAUUUUUCAAAAUUUGGUAAUGUGGUGAAUGUGCAAAUGCGGCCUACUGCAAAGUGUGCCUUUGUUCAAUACGCGACGGAAGAGGAGGCAAAAAAGGCAUUCCACUCGCCUCUUCCAGUAUGCAAUAAUCGAUUCAUAUCUGUGAAAUGGGCCAAACACGACGCACAAAGUCCUGAAGAAAUUGGCGGUGAGCUGACCGAAAAUGCGUUAAAUGGUAAAGCAAGCGCACCUGCGAACAGUGAAUCUAACGAGAAGAGUGCAGAAGCUGAGAAAAACUCACGAGAAACAGAAUCAGCGUCGACUGCUUCAUGUCUUUUCUUCUUCUCUUUGGUCGAAAGCAAAUUUCUCACUGCCUUUUCGGAUUGA